AUGUCUCUCCCUAUUGACGAUGCCACUCACCCCAAGCUGCACUACACCACGUAUAAUCAGGUAGGCCACGCCACCGUUGUGCUGAUUCAUGGCGCCUUCGCUUCCGGCCUCAACUGGGAUCUCGUCAUCCCGUACCUCCCCAGCUCUUACCACCUCCUGGUCCCAGAUCUUCCAGGCCAUGGUAAAUCCCAAGCGAUCACCCCAUUUUCGGUAGAUCUAUCGGCUCGCCUCAUCGCUGACCUUAUCCGCACCCACGCCAUCAACGGUUCGGCUCAUGUCAUCGGCCACAGUCUAGGUGCCAAGAUAGCUAUCCGUCUGGCCUCCACAGAUCCCGAUGUGAUCAACUCCGUCUUCGUCUCUGGCUUUGAGAUCUUCCCCCGAACACCGCUCACACCUUAUGUGCCGUACGCAGCAUGGACCGUGUCUCGCGUGGAAAACUGUCUUCCGCGUGUCCUGAUCCGCUGGGCAAUGGACGGCACAGAUCUGCCUCGCACUGAUACCAAUAUCUGCACACUCGACUUAUGUCGGCAAAUUGUUUCGCCAGAAACGCCGACUCAGUGGCCAUCGCCAUGGCGCGCGCGCACCCUUAUUGUUGCAGCUGGGAAAGGCGGAUUCAUUCCCACCAGUGAUCACCCGCAUGAUGCCGUCAAGUUGAUGCAGAUAGGGAGAGAGUUGAACGAGGAGACUGUUGCAUAUACGCACUUGAGUAUGCGGCACCCCUGGAAUCGUCAGGCACCACGACUCUUUGCACAGACUGCCGAGGCGUGGUUUGGACAGAAAGAGCUCCCAGAGGGGUUUGUAAAGCUUUAA